CCCAGAGAGAGGAGUUUUGUGGACGAGGCGAAUUUGGUUUCAAUCACGCCCACGGGCAGCAGGACUGUCCAGGACAGUGAAAAGGCAAAGAUGCCGACGGCAAGGAGGAUGAUCCUGGGACACGUGAUGAGCGGCAUCUGCCACAAGAUGAAUCGCACUAAACGUCUCCCAGCUGAUAUCCUGGAGACUCCGCUAAAUCGCUGCCUCAGCACACUGGACAUCACGCUCCUGGGUGUUGGGCAUAUGAUUGGAGCAGGGAUCUACGUGCUAACAGGAGCAGUGGCGAAGGAAAUAGCUGGUCCGGGGAUAAUAAUCUCCUUCAUCCUGGCGGGAUUUGUCUCCCUCCUUGCGGCUCUCUGCUACGCUGAAUUUGGGACGAGGGUACCCAAAGCUGGUAGUGCUUACAUCUACUGCUACGUCUCAGUUGGCGAAUUCUGGGCCUUUGUGAUUGGUUGGAAUAUUCUUUUGGAACAUCUGUUGGGUGCUGCAUCGGUUGCACGUGCUUGGAGUGGAUAUGUUGACUCAAUGCUCGAUGGGGUUGUUUCCAACAUCACCGUAAGCAUCACGGGAGAGAUGCACGAGCAACUUCUGGCCAAAUAUCCGGACAUUCUUGCAUUCCUCGUCUGCAUCAGCUACGCCGUUGGCUUAGCUGCUGGUGCAAAGGCAACAGCCGUCAUCAAUGGCCUCCUGACUGUUGUUAAUCUCCUCGUGAUGGUGGUUGUUAUUGCGCUGGGCUUCUGGUAUGCUGACCUCCACAAUUGGUCAGAAGCUGAAGGGGGAUUCCUACCGUACGGGAUGACGGGAGUUCUUGCAGGUGCUGCAACAUGCUUCUAUGCCUUUGUGGGUUUUGACAGCAUCGCAACAUCCGGUGAGGAAGCACGAAGUCCCGCAACAUCAAUUCCAUUGGCUACAAUUCUCUCCUUGAGCGCUGUUACCCUUGUCUACAUCCUCGUGAGUGCUGCCCUCACACUCAUGGUUCCCAUAAGGAAUAUUCAUCCAACUGCUGCUAUUCCCGAAGCUUUUGGUGCUCUUGACUUGCCCUGGGCUAAGUAUGCUAUCUCACUGGGCGCUCUGUGUGGUAUGACAACAACCCUGGUUGGUUCCCUGUUUGCUCUACCGCGGUGCAUGUACGCCAUGGCGUCUGAUGGGCUCCUCUUCAAUUGCUUUGGGAAUGUUGAUGCUAAAACUCAGGUGCCAUUGUUGAAUUUAGCAGUGGCUGGCUUCUUGAGCGCCCUUCUGGCUCUUCUGUUUGAUCUGGAGAAGCUCGUGGAGUUUAUGUCAAUUGGAACACUUCUUGCGUAUACAAUCGUCAGCGCUAGUGUCAUCAUACUGCGCUAUAGACCUCCUCAUGUUGAUCCUGGGAAUGCUUUUGCCCCUGAUACCCCUGAUGAUGAUCGUUCUUCACAAUCCAGCAUUGAUACGGCCUCUCCUACCAGUGAUGUCAUUGAAUUAGCUCUUACAGGUCGCCUAAGGCCACAAUUUCGUUGGUUGGAACCACUCUUGGGACGCUGUGAACCAGGAGCAGCUGCAUCAGCUGGUGUGUUGCUCUUUGUGGUCUUCAGCGUGGCCGUUAGUCUCCAGCUGAAGGUUUCCUGGAAGGAGCUUGUUCAUGGCACAUGGUGGGCUCUUGGUCUCUAUGGGUUCCUCAUCUUCUGCCUCGUGGCUUGCGUUGUGGUGAUUGCUGCGCAUCAUCAGAAUGUUCGUUCGUUGGACUUCAAAGUUCCCCUCGUCCCAUACAUUCCAGCAUUGAGUAUCUUCUGCAACAUUGAGCUAAUGGUGCACCUGAGUCUCCUCACGUGGAUUCGCUUCUUCAUCUGGAUCGCCAUCGGUAUGCUCGUGUACUUCCUCUAUGGGAUUCAUCAUAGCAAAGAGGCAGAGGACUGCGGGACAUCCUAUUCAAUGUUAAUGACUUCUGCAGAAGCCUGCAAAGGGCAUUGGGGAGCUCUUCAGACGAAAUCCUCAUCAUCAGCAAAGUCUCCAAAGGAAGACAAAGCGCCUAUUAUUGAGGAAGAGGAAGUUCCUGAGUAAAUUCCUCCAUUGAGAUUCUCGUGCUCAUCUUCUAGCACAAAUUGAAGAAGACUAACAAAGCCCAAAAAAAAACAGAAAAAAAGUCUGGAACUUAUCCUACAUGGGCCAAGGGAGAUAGAAAGUUUCCACCAGCCACAUCCUGGAAGGAGAUUAAAAGAUCUUUCACCUUUCAGUAUGAUAAGGAAGCUCUCACUCUGACAACUUACAAAUUAUAUAUAUACAAAAAUAUGUAAACUUUAUAAUCAUAAAAAAAUGAGUGUAGAAGCUCUAUAUAAUACAUAUUACUGUUGAGAUCCUUGAGAUCAUACAUAUAAUUAUCUAUGUAAUAACAAAGAAAAUAAAAUUAUAAAUGUUAUA